UUCUAAACUGUCAUGGCGUUUUUGUGUCCUUGGAAAUAAAAAGCGCCAGUGUUUUUCGGGCUAACUGGAGGGGAUGUCUCACCGGUGAGAGUGUGUGUCCGGUGUCCGGAACAGAUGCUGACACAAACCAAGCAAAAACCACAAAAGCACAGGGCUGUCAGAACAGCUCUGAGCUCACUAUCAGCCAAGGCCGAGACGAGAGCAGGUGUCCACGGGUCAUCUUAUCCCAGCUGGGGGGAGUCUACUCUUUCCACAUUAAAUUACAUGCACAUAUGCAGUGAAGGGAUAGAAGAUGAAAAUACACAAGAAGGACAAGCAGCAGAUGUUCACUGGUCUCCUGAAGCACACUCCUUCACCUGCAACCUCCACAGCAGCAGCGUCCUCCUCUGCCUUGGACCAAAACAGCACCGCACAAACCACAGUUCCCACAAUCCCGCGGGGACACCUGGUCGUGGGCCCCAAGGACCAGCUCCGCCUUGUCACACCCGUGGGCGCCACGCCGACAGCCAAUCACUGUGCAGCGGCGGGGGCCCAUGCCGCUAAGCACUCCGGAGGAGGCAGCAGCGGGGCCCCGCGGCCUCCCUCCUCUCUCAGUGAGGAGGAUGAUGGAGGAGGAGGCAGGGUGAAGAAGAAACGAAAGAAAAAAGACAAGAGGGAGUGGGACAUAGGAGUGCGCGGGGGAGGAGAGGAGAGGGAGAGCAGAAAACCAAAGAAAAGAAAGGAAGAGAACGAGGCAGCUGUGACUGUUUCGAGGAGAAGCAAGGAGCUCAAGGAGCCCAAGAAAGCCAAGGAGCGAAAGGAGCGCCGGGUGGAGGCGAGGGAGGGAAAGAAAGAAAGUGGCAAGGAGCUGAAGAGAGAGCCAACGCCAGGCGCCACUCAGGUGCCUGUCAAGGUGCCUGCCAAGAGAGGAAGGAAACCUAAGGUCAAAGUCCUACCUCCUGCACCUGCAAACAAAGCUGCCCCAGGGCCAGCACCUUCAGCACCUCUCCAUGCCAUAGCACUCCCCACCAAGGUCACAGGGCAUGUCCGGGGCACCCAGGCCCCACCAGGCCACAGCAAGACCCAGGGCCUGGCCAACAGCAAGACCCCAGUCCCCUCAGCGCCCAAACAGAGGGGCCGUAAACCCAGAGAUCCUGGCGCUGCGCCAGUGGAGAAGAAGAAAAAGGGGAAGAGGAGAAAUCAGGAGCUGGUGGCCCAGGAGGGGGCAGAGAGCGACGAUGCUGCCUCACUGUCAGCCCUCAACCUUGGGGGCGAGGACAGCCAAGACCCCCUGGAUAACACGAAGCGUCGUUCGGGGCGUCAGGUCAAGCGGAGGAAGUAUAAUGAGGAUUUGGACUUUAAGGUGGUAGAUGACGACGGAGAGACUAUCGCAGUGCUGGGAACGGGACGCAUCUCGGCUCUCAACGCCACUGCCCUGGCAUGGCAGGCCGAGGAGCCACCUGAGGAUGAGGCCAACAUCAUAGAGAAAAUUCUUUCUGUCAGAACAGUGAAGAAAGAGAGCUCAUCAUCAGAGGACCAAGCAGAGGAGACAGAGGAGUUCUACGUCAAGUACAGAAACUUUUCCUACCUGCACUGCAAAUGGGCCACUCUGGAAGAGUUAGAGAAAGAUCCCAGAAUCCACCAGAAGAUCAAACGCUUCAGGACCAAACAGGCCCAGAUGAAACACCUUUUUACUGAGCCUGAUGAGGACUUAUUUAACCCAGACUAUGUAGAGGUAGACAGAGUACUGGAGGUGGCCGUCACCACAGAUACGGAGACUGGAGAGGAGGUUACCCAUUACCUUGUUAAGUGGUGCAGUCUCUCUUACGAGGAAGCAACAUGGGAGCUGCAGGAGGACUUGGACCCUGGCAAGAUCAAGGAGUUCGAGGAGAUCCAGAAACUACCAGCAGACCUCAGACACAUAGAACGUCCCUCCCCAGACAAAUGGCAGAAGUUGGAGUGCUCCAGAGAUUACCGCAACGGAAACCAACUCAGAGAAUACCAAUUAGAGGGAAUGAACUGGUUACUGUUCAACUGGUACAACAGAAAAAACUGUAUUUUGGCUGAUGAGAUGGGUUUGGGGAAGACCAUCCAGUCGAUCACCUUUCUGUAUGAGAUCUUCAGCAUGGGGAUCCGCGGCCCCUUCCUCAUCAUCGCCCCCCUGUCCACCAUCACCAACUGGGAGAGAGAGUUUCGGACCUGGACGCACAUGAACGUCAUCGUCUAUCACGGCUCGCAGAUCAGCCGGCAGAUGAUCCUGCAGUACGAGAUGUUUCACAGAGACCCACAGGGUAACUCUAUCCCAGGUGUGUUGAAGUUUCACGGGGUGAUCACCACCUUUGAAAUGAUCAUGGCCGACUGUCCAGAGCUGAAGAAGCUGCACUGGCGCUGCGUGGUGAUCGACGAAGCCCACCGACUGAAGAACAGGAACUGUAAACUGCUGGAGGGACUCAAACUCAUGAACCUGGAACACAAGGUUCUGCUCACAGGAACCCCUCUGCAGAACUCGGUGGAGGAGUUGUUCAGUUUGUUGAACUUCCUGGAGCCACUUCAGUUCCCUUCGGAGAGCACCUUUCUGGAAGAGUUCGGAGACCUCAAGACUGAAGAACAGGUGAAGAAGCUACAGGCCAUUCUGAAGCCCAUGAUGUUAAGAAGACUGAAGGACGAUGUGGAGAAAAACCUGGCGCCUAAAGAGGAGACAAUCAUAGAGGUGGAGCUGACUAACAUUCAGAAAAAGUACUAUCGAGCCAUCUUGGAGAAGAACUUCUCCUUCCUGUCUAAAGGAGCCAACCAGCACAACAUGCCCAACCUCAUCAACACCAUGAUGGAGCUCCGGAAGUGCUGCAACCACCCGUACCUUAUCACAGGAGCAGAGGAGAAGAUUCUGGAAAGUUUCAAGAAGAGCCACAGUCCAGAUGCGUGGGACUUCCAGCUGCAGGCCAUGAUCCAGGCAGCUGGUAAACUGGUGCUGAUUGACAAGCUGCUGCCCAAACUGCUGGCCGGGGGACACAAAGUCCUGGUCUUCUCCCAGAUGGUCCGCUGUCUGGACAUCCUGGAAGACUACCUCAUCCAGAGACGCUAUACUUACGAACGCAUCGACGGACGCGUGCGGGGUAACAUGCGACAGGCAGCCAUCGACCGGUUCUGUAAGCCAGACUCGGACCGCUUUGUGUUCCUGCUGUGCACCAGAGCCGGAGGGCUGGGAAUCAACCUGACCGCUGCCGAUACCUGCAUCAUCUUUGACUCCGACUGGAACCCCCAGAACGACCUGCAGGCCCAGGCACGCUGCCACCGCAUUGGCCAGAGCAAAGCCGUGAAAGUUUAUAGACUGAUCACCAGGAACUCAUACGAGAGAGAGAUGUUUGACAAGGCCAGUUUGAAGCUGGGGUUGGACAAGGCCGUCCUCCAAGACAUCAACCGCAAGGGAAGCCUCAAUGGGGUGCAGCAGCUUACUAAGCUAGAAGUAGAGGACCUGUUGAGAAAAGGAGCCUAUGGAGCUCUGAUGGACGAGGAAGACGAAGGCUCCAAGUUCUGCGAAGAAGACAUCGAUCAGAUACUCCAGAGACGAACUCAGACCAUCACCAUCCAGUCUGAGGGAAAAGGCUCCACAUUCGCUAAGGCCAGUUUCAUCUCGUCUGGUAACAGGACAGACAUUUCUCUGGACGACCCCAACUUCUGGCAGAAAUGGGCCAAGAUUGCUGAGCUAGAGAUCGACUCCAAGUCUGAAAAGGAGUCCCUGGUGAUCGACACACCUCGAGUAAGGAAACAGACUCGUCACUACAACUCUUUCGAGGACGACGAGCUGAUGGAGUUCUCGGAGCUGGACAGCGACUCGGAGGAGCGACCGUGUCGGACCCGUCGCCUGGGUGACCGCACCCGGCGGUACCUUCGCGCCGAGUGUUUCCGGGUCGAGAAGAACCUACUUAUCUUUGGUUGGGGUCGGUGGAAGGACAUCCUAAACCACGGUCGGUUUAAAUGGCACCUCUCAGAGAGAGACAUGGAGAUUGUGUGUAGGGCUCUGCUGGUUUACUGCCUAAGACACUACAAAGGAGAUGACAAGAUCAAGAGCUUCAUCUGGGAUCUCAUCACACCCAGCAAGGAAGGCCAGGACCAGGCGCUGCUCAAUCACUCCGGUUUAUCAGCCCCGGUGCCUCGGGGUCGGAAGGGGAAGAAGCUGAAGAAUCAGCUGAAUGUCCCUGAGGUGAAGAACGCCGACUGGCUGGUCCACUGCAACCCUGAGGUGGUGCUGCAGGACGAGAGCUACAAGAAACACCUCAAACAGCACUGCAACAAGGUGCUGCUGAGGGUGAGGAUGUUGUACUACCUGAAGGUGGAGGUCUUGGGUGAGGCUGCCAACCAGGCUCUAGAGGGGAUACCUGCAAGUAAACUGGAGGUGUCUCUACCAGACAUCGAUUAUAUAGAGAUUCCAGCUGGGUGGUGGGAUGCGGACGCUGACAAGUCUCUCCUCAUCGGGGUCCACAAACAUGGUUAUGAGCGGUACAAUGCCAUGCGAGCCGAUCCAGACCUGUGUUUCCUGGAGCGGGUGGGCAUGCCUGACGUCACUGCGCUGUCGGCCGAACAGGGAGGAGUGGAGGGGGUCUCUGACAUGACCGACAGUGUGUGUAAAAGCGAGGAGGCGAAGGACGACCCAGACAGUAAACCCGAUGGAGGGGAGGAUAGAGAUGAGAGCAGCAAGGGAGAGGAGACUUGCUCCAGCACUGAUACCUCAGACAAGCCUGACAGCACAGGUCCAGACUCCCAAAUGUCAGGUGAACUGUGCACCCAGGAUGGAACACUGGUCACCACAACAACGGCAACAGGAACAGGAACUGGCGUGGCGUCUCUCCAUGUUGUCCAAGGCCGGCCUCUCUGGCCCACCGGUCCCGCCUUGACGGCCCGUUUACGGCGACUCAUCACUGCCUACCAGCGCUUCACGCUGCGCCGCGAGCCACUGCUGAGGCCCGACUUUCUGCUUCAUGAUGGUCUGGUUGGCAUGGGGAUGGGAGGAGGUGGGCCUGCUCACAGUCACCACGGUGGCGGACCAUUGGCGUGGCAGCUGGGGGAGGAGUUGAGGCGAUGUUCAGUGGUCGCUACGGAGCCUGACCCUCUGUUUCUGGAGUGGCAGAGAAGGUGGACUCGUCGAGAGCAGGCAGAUUUCUACCGUACAGUGUCGUCAUUCGGGGUGGUCUAUGACCCGGAGAGGAAGGCCUUUGACUGGUCUCAGUUCAGAGCGCUGGCUCGACUGGAGAGGAAGACGGACCAGAGUCUGGAGAGAUACUUCAGUUCCUUUGUCAACAUGUGCAGGACAGCUUGCAGGUUACCGCCAAGAAAGGAUGAAGGGUUGGUGGACCCUGCAGUUUUUGUAGAGCCUCUGACAGAGGAGAGAGCAGCUAGGACUCUGUACCGCAUUGAGCUGCUCCGCAAGAUCAGAGAACAGGUUCUACGUCAUCCAUUGUUGUCGGCCCGCCUCCAGCUUUGCCGUCCCUCCCUCUACCUCCCGGUCUGGUGGGAGUGUGGUAAACAUGACCGCGACCUCCUCAUUGGGGCGGCACGCCAUGGCUUGAGCCGCACCGACUACUACAUCCUAAACGACCCCCAGCUGAGCUUCCUGGAGGCUCACAGGAACUAUGUCCAGAAAGAGACCCAGGCAGCAGGGGGAUAUGGAGGGAUAGCUGGGGUUGCGGGACAGCCUCCUCACUUUCAAACUCAUCAUCACCCUCAUCAUCCAGGCUUGGUGACUCAUCCAGGCAUAUCGUCAUCCUCUUCUUCUGCGUCCUCUUCGUCGUCUCAUCCGCAGCUACCACAUCCUCACUGUUGUCUGUAUGACUCAGGUCUAGGUUGCCACUCCCCUCAGCCUCCUGAAUACCCCCACCACUCCUCUCACCACCACCAUCAUCAUCAUCCGGCUCCUGCCUCUGCACCGUCUCCUUCCUCCUCGUCUUCUUCUUCCUCUCACCCUCACCUCCACCCUCCACCUCCGGACGUAGGGACACAAGAGUCUGCCUCACCGAACCUGGGAAUGGUGCCUGGAUCACGAGGAGAUUUUCUUGACUGCCCUGCUCUGGAUGAAACCCUGGAGCUGGGUUCACUGCAGCACGAUACCAUGUCUGCAGAUCCCUUACAUGGAGGGAAGGCCUCCAAAGACGCCCUCAAUGGUUUCCCAUUCAAUUCAGCAGCAGGAGGCCAAAGCAUGCUCAACUCGUAUGGAGUAGGAGGAACAGACCUGGACUCAAAGCUGCGGAGUGAUGUGCUGGUCGGGGAGCAGGGUUCGUCGGAGGAAACUGGGCUGAUGGCACCUUCAGUGGAACUGGAUCAGUUACAGGCUCCCUGGGAUAGUACGGACCACUCCAGUCCAGCUCACCAUAUGUUCAAUGAAGCUGAUCCUAUUCUGGGCCCCCCCACCCUGGAGACUGGCUUCCUGGAGGAGGAGGAUGAAGAGGCACAGGGAGGAGACACAGGAGGGGAGGAAGGUGGGACUCUGGAAGAGUGUCUAGGCCUCCCACCUUCAUCCUCCCCCUCUCACCCUUCAGCGGGAGAUUCUGUGGAGCAAUUGUCAUCAAGUUACAUGCUCUUCAAGGACAUUGGAGUAAGUGAGGAACCCAGUGCAGAUCAAACGGACCUGUCAGCAAGUCCCCCUCCGCCUUACGUCCCCCCUAACCCUCUCUCCCUGUCUGAUAUCACUACCCACGAGCCCCAGGAUAGGCUGGGCCACUCUGAUGUUGCUGUUGGCCUGAGCAAUCCCGUGGAGGAAGGAGAGGCCCAGGAAGCAGGCACUGGGUUUGCGUUUGAUGAUAAGGAGGAACAGGAAGGAGAAGAUGUGUCAAGGAAGACUUUGGAGCAGAAUUUGGAAAAAUCAGAGGAUCAAGUUCUAGAGGAUGAUGAAUGUGGUACAGACCAAGGUACAGACCAAAGUUUGGGGGUUUUGAGUCAGCCCAUGGAUGGGCCACAGAUGGAUGGGAUAGAGCCAGAAUCGGGCCUGGGAGAACAGGACCAGGGGAUAGGGGUCUCAAAUCAACCAUCUCAUGAACUCCAGGUGAGCCUUGAACAAGGGCAACAUCAGGAGGACUUAUCUCAAGAGGUGCACCCCUAUCUGAGGAAGAUUGAGCAGGAAGCAAGCCUUGAAUGUCCUGAGCGUAUUGAAGUACCUGCAGAAGAGGUGGAUGGGCUGAUUUUUUAUCAGAGUGUUGACGAGGGGACGACAGAAAAUUCACUUGAUGCUGAAGCUGUGAUGGUAAAGGCAACAGAAGGGCCUCUGGAAGUGGAGGAAAUUCCUGAACAUUCUAAAGAGAAUGUUGCAAUGGAGCCAGCAGACCUAGCAGAUCAAGUGGAUGAGAUCUCAGAGGGGCAGUUGGAUCAGGUGUCUCUCAUGGACGUUCCCAUGGUUGAUCAUUGUGAUGAAACCAGAGAACAGACCAUGGAACAACUUGAUGCCAAACCGGAGAUGGAACUGGAGAGUAUUUACACAGGACAUACACACACCUCCCACCCUUCCACCUCCAACUCAUCCCCUACAGUUACGUCCAAGUCUGAUGAAACCAUCACAAGGAGCCAUGGUGGAGCUGAAGUCAAAAUGGAGCUUUCCAUGGACCAGGAGAGCUGUCAAGGUAAAGCUGAUGAUCUAAUCUUACCUGACAACAGGGAAGACUCUAAGCACAGAGCUCUAGCAUUCUCCCUUGACCUAGAAAGCAAGGGCAGCAAUCUUCAUCAUCUUAGGAUACCUGAACACAUCUCUGACAGUAAACCAGGUGAAAUCAAACUCAUUCCCACUCUACCUGGAGACAAAAUUGAUACCAAACUGGAGGAUGUGAAGUUUCCUCUUUUACCAUACAGCUGUGGUGAAAACAAACCAGAUCCAUUGGAGCUGUCAAUCAAGACAGAGGAGACCAAGACAGAGGCUUUGGAAGAAGGGUUACCCAUCUACCCUGAUACUUCUGAAGUCAAACCCACAAAGCUUGAUGCAUAUUCCGUCAAGUCAGAGAACUUGGUGACCAAAACAGAGCAAUUAGACUACUCUGUAAAACCAGAAAUAUUGGAGACCAAACCUGAAGAUCUGGGCCAUCCCAUGAAGUCUGAAAACUUGGACAGUAAACCUGAAGUUCUCCAGUUUGCAGCCUACUCAGAUGGCUGUGAGAUCAAACCUGAAGUCAAACAAGAAGGUAUAGGGUUAGCUGCUUAUCCAGAUGGUUCUGAGCUCAAACCUGAGACAAAACCAGAAGGCUUAGGGUUUGCAGCAUACCCAGAUAGCUCAGAGAUCAAACCUGAGGCCAAACAAGAGAGUCUUGAGUUCUCAGCCUACCCAGAUAGCUCUGAGAUCAAACCUGAGGCCAAACCAGAGGGCCUUGGGCUCACAGCUUUCCCUGAGGUCAAAGCUGAGACCAAUCAGGACCUUUUGGAAGCUGACAGCACUGUCCUUACCCCAAAGUUAGAACAGGCCGAUGGGCUGGCAGAGACCACGGAGGGCCUGGAGAUGAAAGGGCAGGUGAAGGAGGAGAGGCCAAAAACACCAGUGUCUUUCGUGGAAGGAUUUGCAGGCAGCUCGAGGUUUGCUGUUCCACUUUCCAUGUGUGAUCUUCCUGACAGCCUCCAUGACACCAGGGAGCCAACCAUUGCUCAGCUUUUGCAAGAGAAAGCACUUUACUCUUUUUCUGAGUGGCCAAAGGACCGGGUGAUCAUCAACCGCUUGGACAGCAUCUGCCAUGCCAUCCUGAAGGGAAAGUGGCCCUCGUCUAGUCAGCAGUAUGAGUCACUCAGUUCCCUGGCUGCUAACCCCUGCCUGGCCAACAGUCUAGCCCAGCACCACCACCACCGCGCAGGCUUCCUCCCUACUACAGCAUCAGGCUCUGUCCCAGGUCAGGCCAGGGUCCAACAAGCAAGCUCUGGACUAUCGUUCUCAAUCCCUCCCCCUCUUACAAGACUACCUAAGUACAAGCCGCGGGGCGGCGCAUGCGGGCGCGGAGCUUGGCGCCUCACCUCCUUGCCUCUCUUACAGGAGAGACUCGUGGCUCCUCCUUUCCUCCCCGAGCUCAAACGAGCAGGAGGUCGGAGGCCUUAUGACUAUGAAGCCGCCGCUGCAGCCGCUGCUGAGGUUUUAGCUGGUAAAACAACAACACCAUGCCAUACUGCCGCCACUGGCAGCUCCACUGGGGAGAAGGUGCCAGUGGUGGCCCCGCCCUCUCACCGUAGUGGAGCCAUGUUGAUUAAUGGUUGGCAAGAGACAGCCAUUGACCUAACCAAACCACCAGGAGAGAUAACUGCCACUGCUGGCAUUGGAACAGGCGAAGCUGUGGUAGCACCAGGAAUUGGUCAUCAUCAGAGCCACCACGGGACUGGCACUGGCAGUGCCCACAAACUACCCCCACCACCCCCCAUCACGGCACCCUUACCUGGCUCUGUGGGAAUCGACAUGGCAGGGAUACUGCAGGCCGGGCUCAUCCACCCAGUAACGGGACAAAUAGUUAACGGGAGUCUGCGGGGAGAUGAUGCACUGAGGAGGAGGAGAGGCAGGAGGAGAAAUGUGGAGGCACUUUACUCUGAGUUCGCAAAGAGUAGAGGGCUCCACCUCCCUGAGACACAGGCCAGGGUGGAAGUGAUCAGCCACUCGUCCGUCUCAUCCUCCACCUCCUCGCCGUCCCCUUCUCCCUCGGAGCGACCCCCAGGCCCCCCCACGCCCUCUUCCUCCUCGUCCACGCCCACCCCCACCCAGACGCCCCCUCAGCCAGAGAUUGUGGCCAUUGACAGAGAGGCAGCCAGCAAAGGCCUGAUGGAGUGGAUGAGGCAGAAUCCUGGCUACAGCAUGGAUCUGCCCACAUUUGCUCAUUCCGGAGCAGGUCUGUUGCAUGGCUUUGUGGAACGUCCCAAGCAGAGGAGGCAUCGCUGUAAGGAUCCCACCAAGCUGGAUGUCAACUCUCUGACAGGAGAGGAGAGGGUUCCCGUGGUGCACAGAGGCACUGGACGCAGGCUCGGUGGCGCUAUGGCUCCAGCUAUAAAGGAGUUGUCCCGGUGGCUGGAUGCCAACUCAGAGUACUAUGUAGCUCCAGACUGGGCUGAUGUGGUCAAACACUCUGGCUACCUCCCUGAAGGGAAGUUCUCACGGAUCCUGACGGAACCAGUCAACAGAGACCCGGGUGCCAGGCGCCGUGGUCGUCGGCCUCGCAGUGAGAUGCCUAAGCCCCUCCUUUCUGUCUCUGAUGCUUCCGCAUCUGCCCUCGGCCCGCCGCUCUUCAUGAACGGUGGCUUAAUCGGCAGCAUGGACUCCAUGGUGGCCAUGCAGAACCUGCGUGGCGGUAUUCCCGGUAUUCCCAUCUCCGGCAUCAUGGCAGCCGGAUUCCCACCCGGAUUUGCUGCCGCUGUCCCAGCAGGAGGAGGAGCUGGAGCAUCAGCAGAAGAUGCCAAGAACGGACUGAGUGUGCUACCCAUGAUGCUCCAUGGCAUCCCGCACCCCCAUGGAGCAGCAAUCCCACAACAUGCCAUGUUUAGUGUAGGGGCGAUGAUGUCACACACACCACCACCCCCUCCUCCUCACCCUAGUUCCUCGUCCUCCUCGUCCUCCUCCUCCUCUUUAUUGGGUGCUGCGAUAGUUACCACCACAACUGCCCCGUCUGCAUCCGGAGCGGCCAGCCCCUCAUCGACGACUCCUGCUGAGAAAGAAAGCGCCUCCUCGUCAGGUUCAGGUGGAAGCGAGAAGGAAAGGAGGCGGGAGGAGAAAGGAGGAGCAGAGGGGACUAAAAGGCCAGGUGGGGCAGAGUCAGCAGCCAUCAUCACCUCCACCAGCGGGGCCCACCUUGGCUCCAGCCAUCUUGGAGCUGGCGCUGGCAGCCAUCUUACCUUCAACCCCUUCCUUAUCCCAGGCAUGUCCCACAGCCUGCUCUACCCCCACAUGUUCCUGCCGCACGGUGGCAUCAUGGCGCUGCCCGCCAUGCCCCCUGGAGCGAGCGACAGCUCCCCGGGCAGCCCCAAAAGAAGGAGGAAGAGGGGGAGGGAAGAAGGUGAGAGAGAGGAAGAGAGGGAGAAGGAGAAGGAAGUGGUAGAAGAGGUAGGGGAGAGAGACAGUACAGCGAGGGCUAGUGUCACACCCCAGCCUGCUUCCUCUUUGGCUCCGGACCCAGACCCAGACCCAGCUCCAACCCCGACCCCAGGCCCCAGCCCCUCUGAGGAGGCCCACGCCGGGCAGGGGAACGCAGAGGCCGGGCCUACGGAGCCUCAGGAACCAGACUCCCACAACCACCCUGAGGGAGCAACCACAGAGGAAAGGAGUGAAGAAGAAAGAGCAGAGGACACAGGAGCAGAGGCGACUGAGGAGGAGAGACAGGUGGAAGGGGAGGAAGGGUAGAGGAGGAGAAAACAGUGGAGGAUUGUUAGAGGAGGAGCACAUGAGAGACGACCUCCUCUUGCUCUCUCUCCUCCUUUCUCCCUCGUUGCUCCCUCCUGACUGAGCAACAGUGUAAAGUUUGUGCCGUGUCUGUCAGUCAAUGUCUAUGUAAAGACUUUUAUUAUGAUGAUGACUAAUAAUAAUGAUGAUUAUACCCGACCUGGUCAUGUUUAUAUACUUAACACCCCACCCACCCUCUCCUCUCUCCUGGUAUACGAAGACUGGUGUAAGAGGCCAGUGUAAGAGAUCUUCUAUGUAUUCUUCCCCUUCAUUCUGCAUCGAGACUGAGUCAUGAGGGUCACUCCUCAACGGGAACACACACACACACACACAGACGCACUGCAAGCAAGACGUGCUAAAAAAGAAACGGCUUUGGCAGUAAUAUUGAUAUGGCUAUUCUGAUGAAAACACAAAGUGAGUUAAGAUAGUUUGUUGCAAAGCUGUCUAUCUAAGCUUUGAUCUUAAAGGACCAUACCAGUGGUUUUCAGAAAUCCCUCGAUUUUCAAAUUUGAAUUUUUGGCUGACCUCUAUAAUGUUCUGCUUCUGUGGGUAACAAAAUCGUCACUAUCCAUAAACCACAAAACUGGUAAUUGGCUGUGUGAAGCAAACAUUUCCCUGGGACUAUUUUCCAGUGGAGGGACCUUUUCACUUCUCUCACUUUCAAGUCAUCAAAACGCAACAGCGCUGCUGCUUUUGGGAAAACGAAUGUGGACGACUUUAUUACAGUGAUGUAAUACUGGUGUGCAGAAAGUUUGAAGUCCAUUUUCAUAUCAUAGUGGAAUGGAUGGAAACCAAUGGCUGGACAAAAGGGAGGAAAAUUGAUACCGGAGUUCUAAAAUAUCACCGCUUGAUUUAGCAGAAAUAUCAAGUAUAUACAUUUUGUAGAUAUUACACUAAGCCAUCAAAAUCACUGGUAUGGUCCUGUAGCAUGUUAACAUGAAGAAGGGGCUUGACUGUGGCACAGCUGGAUAGACGUGAUACACUCUGGUUCCCUAAUGCCACACUGACCUUUUUAGCUGUGCUUUAGGAACUCGAGCAGAGGAGCACUUGUGUAUCAUUCAUUCAAAGAAAGCUCAAAAUGAGGCUGUUUACCAUAGUACCAUGUUGUUUGAUUUCUGGAACACCCCACUGAAUUGACUUUUUUUUU